GGCGGCGGCGAGGAAGGCGCUGAUGAGCUGAGCGCCAAGCGAACAGGAUUCUGGAACAUCGCUUCUAGGGUUUCAUCGUCCGGCUUUGCUAGAUGAGGAGCUGGGCCUUUUGCGCGAUCGUCGUCCUGUUCCUACAUUCCGUGCAAGCGUUGUCUUCGGAUGGGAUCGCAUUGCUCGCAUUUAAAGAGGGCAUACAAGAAGCGCAGUUUCUUCUCGGCGAUUGGAGACGAAGCGAUGCGACGCCGUGCAACUGGACUGGAGUCGAGUGUAAUGGAGAAACUGGGCGCGUAGAGACUUUAAACCUUCCUCGAUUCCAUCUGGUGGGAGUGAUUUCUCCGGAGAUUGGAAAGCUCAGCAAACUGCGAAGGCUGGGAUUGCAUAACAACAUGAUCUCCGGUAAAAUACCUCCAAGCCUUGGCAACUGCAGCGAUCUACGGGCAGUAUACCUGCGAGACAAUCUUCUAAGUGGCUCGUUGCCUGCGGAACUGGGGAGGCUUAAGAAUCUGAAAGUGUUCGACGUGUCGGAGAACUCGCUCACUGGACCAAUUCCAGCUUCCAUGGAAAGACUAAACGAUCUUGUGUUCUUAAACGUUUCCAACAAUUUUCUUACUGGGAGCGUCACUGGUCUUGCAAAGUUUUCAAACAGAUCUUUUUUCGGUAAUCCCGGGCUGUGUGGGCAGCAGCUCAACAAGAGCUGUGAAGUUGGAAAAUCGGUCAAUGGUUCUAAGAUGUCAAAACUUUCGAGAAACCUGCUGAUAAGUGCACUUGGAACUGUGACCGCAUCGCUGCUCUUUGCGCUAGUAUGCUUCUGGGGAUUUCUCUUCUACAACAAAUUCAACGCAACAAAGGCCUGCAUUCCUCAGCAGCCGGAACCAUCCGCAGCAAAGCUCGUUUUGUUCCAUGGAGGACUACCGUAUACACUGAAAGAAGUCAUCACCAAGAUCGAGCGGCUGGAUUACAAAGACAUAAUCGGAGCUGGCGGUUUCGGAACGGUGUACAAGCUCUGCAUGGACGAAGACUGCGUGUUUGCGGUGAAAAAAGUUGGAAGAUCCAGCGACGGUUCCAUCUCCGAGAGGCGUCUGGAGAAAGAGCUCGACGUCCUGGGGAGCAUCCAGCACCGCAACCUCGUCUCGCUAAAAGGCUACUGCAACGCACCGACGGCAAGACUCCUUAUAACCGAUUUCAUGCCUCUCGGAAGCCUGGACGAGCACCUCCAUGAGAGACACGCAAAGGAUUCUCUGAUGACAUGGGAGGCUCGUCUUAACAUAGCAAUCGGCACUGCCAGAGGCCUGGGCCAUCUGCACCACCGCUGCGUGCCUCCAAUAAUCCACCGCGACAUUAAGUCGAGCAACGUACUUCUGGAUAGGAAUCUGGAGGCUUGUGUGUCCGACUUUGGGCUGGCCAGGCUUCUCGAGGAGAACGAUUCCCAGGUGACAACAAUCGUUGCCGGGACAUUUGGCUAUCUCGCACCAGAGUACAUGCAGUCCGGGAGAGCCACCGAGAAGUCGGACGUCUACAGCUAUGGCGUUGUGCUGCUCGAGCUUCUGAGCGGGAAGAGGCCAACGGACGUUUGCUUCACUGCCAAAGGACUCAACAUUGUUGGCUGGGCGAGUGCGAUGAUGCUUCAGAACAGGUGCCUGGAGAUCUUUGAUCCACACUGCCGAGGAGCUCAACUCGAAAGCAUGGAAGCUGUGCUGGAGGUGGCGGCGAUGUGCAUCCAUCCCCGGCCCGAGUGCCGUCCAAGCAUGGCCACCGUCGCGGAAAUCCUCCAAGAACAUCACCACUCUCUUUGCUCCAGCACCGAAGAAGAUGGAUCCUGCGCUUCAGAGUUUUCGCUCAAGCUGUGAGAAGUCGCCAUUCUUUCAAAGGUAACCUUCCAGAUCAUUGUAACUUUCAGAACAAAAUGUUCCACAGUUCUUGGAGAAUUUCCAAAGUUCUUGUGAGAGUAACAUUAACUUUUAUUUACUCUUGUUUAUAACAAAAAAAAAAAAAAAAACGAAACGAAACGAAACGGGACGAUAACUCCCACGGAAAUCUCUUUGUUC